CAAUUCUUCUAGUAAUACGCACUAGCCGUGGCUCCAACCUUGCUUUUCACUAUCCAAAAGAACCAAAGCGACGCGAUGAACUUGAACGGAUAACUCGGAGAAACGAUGAUAUUGAAGAAGAAUUUAGA